UUGUCUUAGCGGGACGUUCAUUCAGCAGCUGAUGGCUGAUGCGCGUGAAGUGCGCUAUGCGCUAGGUUGGAGUGUGCUAAUACGGGCAUGUAGCAGCAGGUGAAACUUUCUCGUCGUAUGGUAUUUGCAAACGUUAACUGCAAGCGCUGCAAUGGCCAUUGCCGACGAAGACGAAGAUUUUCGUAUGGCUUUGGAGCUUCAGCUACAGAUCAACGAAGAAAAUGAGUAUCGCCAGAGUUUACAAACAUGGGAUCGCCCGAGCACAAAGGCCCCAGCGGAGAGAUCUGUGGUGCCUUACUCAUCGCGGAGAGACCUCUCAGUUGUGGAUGCCUUUUGGGAGCUAAAUGACCCCAACCCAAAUGUGCAUAGUCUCUUCGUUGAAUUUAAUGAGGCCUUUUUCUUUGGAAAACUGAGUGGGGUUGAAGUGCGCUGGAGUCCACGCAUGACCUUAUGUGCUGGGUUGUGCUGCUACGAGGGAAAAGGUGGCCUGUGUUCUGUACGUCUCAGCGAACCACUUCUGAAGUUGCGGCCAAGGAAGGACCUCGUGGAAACCCUGCUGCACCAAAAACCAAGACAAAAGAGACGUCACGAGAUGAUUCAUGCCUACCUCUUUGUGACCCACAACAAUAAGGAUCAUGAUGCUCAUGGACCUGAAUUUCAUAAGCACAUGGAACGUAUAAACAAAGCAAGUGGAGCACACAUAACGGUGUACCACAACUUUCAUGGUGAGGUGGCAAGCUAUCGUACUCACUGGUGGCGCUGUAAUGGCCCUUGCCAGCAUCGGAGGCCCUUCUUUGGGAUUGUUAAGCGGGCCAUGAACCGGCCACCAUCUGACAAAGAUCUCUGGUGGGCUGACCACCAGCGCACCUGUGGUGGCAGCUUUAUAAAGAUACGUGAACCCGAGCCAAAGGCUUCAAAGAGCAAGAGGAGAGAUGGUGUUUUACAUGACGGAAAUGCAGCAGCAGCAGCAGCCAAGAAAUCCAAAAUGGCAGAUGGCACAGACAUCAGGACUCUACUUGUACCACAGCGUAACAUCAAGGCAGCUGCUACUUCUGUGCCUGCUACACAUGUUCACCAAGGUGCACGUCCUAAGCAGUCAGAACCAAGUGUUUCCAGCUUUCCUGGCAUCAUGAAAAGGCUGCCUAGCAACGUGCACACCCUGUCUCAACCAGUGGUCAAGUCAAAAACAGACCAGGUGGUUGCCUUCAGUGGCAGAGGCUGUGUGCUGGGUGGGAAUUCUUCCAUAUCUCGGAUAGCAGAGAAAAGCAAUCUCUCCUCAACAGAUCGAAGUUCAUUACCAGUUUCCAGCUGUGUCUUGGGAACACCCUUGAAGGAAAGGCAUAAUUUGCAGGCAGAUAGACCAAGAGCUGUCGAUUCUGCAGGGUCAAGUCCUGGCCAUUUAGGGAGCAAGGAUGGAACACAAGUCAAGCUGACAGCACCAAAGCUGUCUCGUUCAAGUCAGCCAACACUGACAGAUCUCCUAGGUAAAAGAACGUCCCCUACAAAACAAGUCAGUAGAAGAAGAAGUGCUGCCAGAAUGAAAUUCAUAAGAGAACUACUCAGCUCUGACAGUGAGUCUGACAGUGAAUGCGUGAUAACAAAGGAGGACUUUAAUUUAAGAGGGCAAGAAACAUGCUCUGGAAAAAUGACUGAACAGAGCAUGUCCAUAUCAUCACCUCUGCACACAAUACUGAACACAGGUGCCACUGCGAAUGCGAGCAUGCACGGUGAGCCAAGGCUAGUUGAAUGCCCCGCCUGUGGCAGCUUCAUGGAGGAACAGCAUAUCAAUCGCCAUUUAGAUGUGUGCCUCAUUCAGGAUGACUGAACAAUUUGCAUAAAUUUUUAAGGAAAGCAUUAUAGUUUCACAGCCUACUUCCACAUAGUGCUACCUCACCAAUUAUGUAAGCCACAUGAAUAUUUGGCUCUUCACCCCUUUUAAUGAAGCUUGUAACAAUAGACAAAUUGCCAGUGGCAGUCAUAGAAAACUGGUUGGUUUAUCUGCAAUAGCUCUUUCUGUAGUGUUCUCACAUUUUAUUUUUUCAUGGUGAGCUAUGCCUGUUGGUUUUUCCUUUUAAUUUUGCUUUUAAUAAAUUGUGUCAAGUAAAUUGUGUCAAAAUUGAAUAAAUUGUGUGAAUGGUCACAAAAAUGAGUUUUAUGUGAGAGUUCAAUGGAAGAACUAGAUACAAAUUGUCAUUUAAGUAUGUGCCUUACAUAAAGUCAUGAUACACUUUUCACAUUAAAAAAGCAAUGGGGUGUUGCUUGCACAUUGUAUAUUUUCUGCGUAAUAGUAGUAUAGUUGUUUUUAGGUAAAUUUACUGGCUACUGCUGUUGACCAGUUCUGUGUCAGAAAGCAAAUUAAAACAUUAAAUCUUA